CCAUGGAUGAUGAGCCACUUAGGGCAAAUAAUUUCAGCCUCCCCAAUAGCCUCCAUCUCUAUUUCGUUCUCAACUCUGAACUUCCUCUCUCUCUCUCUCUGCAAUUGCAAACUACAAAAUCUACAAGAAUCACAAGUUCAAAACCCAUAUAUCUUAGUUUAUCUAUCUAUCUGUCUGCAAGAAUCAAAAGUUGAAAACCUAUUUCCUAUAUCAAAACCCAUAUCGGCAUAUCAUUUCAGAUUGUUCCAAAAAUCAAAACCCAUAUCAUUCAGUUUCCAUCGCCCGCUGUUCCAUUUCGGGUUCGUCGUUCGCAAGCUUCAGCGCUGUCUCUCAACUCUCAAGCUUCUAUCUCUGCAACUGCUAACUUGUAUGUAUGGGUUUUGUUUUAAAUUUUUUUCUAAAUCAACUAAUCAAGCUCUGUAAGAAGUAUUUUUCAGCAAAUAAAAAACCCAGUAUUACUGCUCCGGGAUUAAACCACGGGAAGUGGUGCGCGCGCAAGGUUAACAAUGUCGGUGGAGACCGAGGUUAUUACUGCUCCGGGAUUGGCCCUCGCCGAUACCGACAUCAACUGGGACAGGUUGGAUAAGACAAGAUUUCAUAUUAUUGGAGCUAUACUCUUCACUGCUCAGUCGGCUUUACUACAUCCAACAGCUGUUGUAAAGACUAGAAUGCAAGUAGCUGGUUCUGGACUCUCUCAUAUGCGUGGAAUACAUGUAUUCAGAGAUAUACUGAAAAAUGAUGGUGUCCCUGGAAUUUUUAGAGGCUUUGGUACGUCCGCUGUUGGAUCAUUGCCAGGCAGGGUAUUGGCUUUAACUUCACUUGAAGUAUCGAAAGACAUGAUGCUGAAAUACACUGAAGGUCUUAAUAUGCCUGAAGCAACACGGAUUGGCAUUGCAAAUGGAGCGGCAGGCAUGUUGUCAAAUUUAAUAUCCUGUGCAUACUUUGUGCCUCUGGAUGUGAUUUGCCAGAGGCUAAUGGUGCAAGGGCUUCCAGGCACUACAUUUUGCAAUGGCCCACUUGAUGUUGUACGCAAAGUGAUAAAGGCUGAAGGAUUUCGUGGCUUGUAUAGAGGCUUUGGAUUAACAGCUGUGACCCAAUCCCCAGCAUCUGCACUUUGGUGGGGUGCCUAUGGUGCUGCCCAACACAUCAUUUGGAGGAGCUUGGGUUAUAGAGAUGAUUUAGAAAAGAAACCAUCUCAUAUAAAAAUGGUGGGAGUUCAGGCUACAGCAGGAAUGAUAGCUGGUGCUUGUUCCUCAGUUAUUACUACUCCCAUAGACACUGUAAAGACACGACUUCAGGUUAUGGAUGAUUAUGGCGUUGGAAGACCUUCAGUAAUCAAGACUACAAAGGCACUCCUUAAAGAAGAUGGAUGGAGGGGCUUCUAUAGAGGGUUUGGGCCCCGUUUUUUGAAUAUGUCAUUGUAUGGAACUACAAUGAUUGUUACUUAUGAACUGAUAAAGAGAUUGUCUAUAAAGCAAGCGCCAGAGCCUGAAGAGGAGGGGGUUCAAAGGUAGCUAAGAUUCUGUGCCUAUAUUCCAUCCGAGGUAACAGAUGGCGGUGGAUCUCUAUAAUUUGGUGGCGAAACUAGAGGGCCCUUCUGGUGUCACAUGGAGGCAGCAUUUUGUGGGACUUGUACCCUUUUACUUUUUUUUUUUCACUUUGGAAACUCUUUUUAACUUUGGAAAUUUGAGGAUAUACCACUGGAUUAUGAUCCUUGGUUGCAAAGGUGUCAUUGCAAUUUGAUGUUAUUAAGGAGAUGACGAUUUUUGUUUUAGUAAGGAUAGUUUUUGUACCUUAUGAGAACAAGUAGAGACUAUUGAACCUGUCACAUAUAUUUUAAUCUGUGAUGUCCAUAUAGAAGAAGUUGUAUAUGUUGGCCAUCAAUCAGUGUGUUUCUAGUUAAAGAAGGAUGCUGAGAGGGUACAUUCAAACUUGAGUGCUUGUUCACAGGCUGUUCUCAGUGUUGCUGUAUAUGUCGUAGAUGGAAUUUUCUUUUUGAUUGGAGGAUCAUGCAUUGCAAGCUAUUUUGUUUCCCAACUCUUGAGGGGGAGAAUGUGAAGUUAGUAGUGUUCUCUUUGAGUGAGCACUUGGUGUGAUUGAGCUCCCUCGUGGCGGGAUACUACUAGCAAUCCUUUUGUGCUUCCAUUGAAUUAAAUGUAUGUGAUGGUGGUGCACGUGUGCGUAAUCGUGGCUGUUCUUCUUGUACAACACACUUGCUGUAAGAACAGAGGAUUAAGCUCAUUGUGAGGAUGCUUUUAUGUAAUUAAAUGUGUCGGUUUUAUUC